AUGGGCUGGGUGCAGAAAAUCGACCAUGCCAUCGGCAGAUCGGUCGUUGGCCGCUGGUUCCAGCUCGAUGGCUCCGGCCACCGCAAGGAGCGCAAGGGCUCCAACUUCUCCACAGAGAUCCGUGCUGGACUGGCAACCUUUUUUGCCAUGUCAUACAUCAUCGCCGUCAAUGCCAGCAUCGUCUCGGACACGGGCGGCACUUGUACAUGUGACCGCUCGACAGACCCUUCCUGCGUCGCCGACGACGCCUACGCCCUCUGCAAGAGCGAAAUCCGACGUGAUAUGAUCACCGCGACGGCUGCCAUUUCGGCUCUGGGUAGCUUCUUUAUGGGUCUCUUGGCCAACAUGCCUGUUGGUAUCGCGCCUGGCAUGGGCAUGAAUGCUUACUUUGCCUACACCGUCGUCGGCUUCAACGGUACCGGCUUGGUCCCCUACCAGGUCGCCGUCACGGCCAUCUUUGUCGAGGGUUUCAUCUUCUUUGGUCUGGCCCUCCUUGGCAUGCGCCAGUGGCUCGCGCGGGCAAUCCCCCGAUGCAUCAAGCUCGCCACGAGUGUCGGUAUCGGUCUCUUCCUCACCAUAAUUGGCCUGACCUACAGCCAGGGCAUCGGCUUGAUCGUCGGCUCCGUAUCCACCCCACUCGAGCUGGCCGGCUGCGCGCCCCAGGACCGCAUCACACAGGAGGGACCAGGGGGUACCCAAGUUCUGGGCUGUCCCGGCAGCCACAAGAUGCGCAACCCGGCCUUGUGGGUGGCCAUCUUCUGCGGCGGCGUCUUCACCGUCAUCCUCAUGAUGUACCGCGUCAAGGGCGCCAUCAUCGCCGGAAUCCUGCUCGUUUCCAUCAUCUCGUGGCCCCGCAAUACGGAGCUGACCUAUUUCCCCAACACGCCCGUAGGCGACGACAACUUCAAUUUUUUCCGCCGUGUGGCCGACUUCCAUCCCAUCACGCGCACUUUAGCAGUCCAAGAGUGGAGCCUCGGAAGCUACGGCGGUCAGUUUGGUCUCGCGCUCAUCACUUUCCUCUACGUCGACAUCCUCGACUGCACGGGAACCCUGUACGCCAUGGCCAAGCACGCCGACCUCAUGGACCCCGUGACGCAGGACUUUGAGGGAUCUACCAUCGCCUACAUGGUCGACAGCAUUGCCAUCUCGGUCGGCGCUCUGUUCGGCACUCCCCCGGUGACUGCCUUUGUCGAGUCCGGCGCGGGCAUCUCGGAGGGUGGCAAGACGGGACUGACGGCCAUGACGACCGGCCUCUGCUUCUUCAUCAGCAUCUUUUUCGCCCCGAUUUUCGCCUCCAUCCCGGCCUGGGCCACGGGCUGCGUACUCAUCCUGGUCGGGUCCAUGAUGGUCCGCAACGUGACCGAGAUCAACUGGAACUACAUGGGCGACGCGGUGCCGGCCUUUGUGACCAUAGCCCUGAUGCCCUUCACCUACUCCAUCGCCGACGGCCUGAUCGCCGGCAUCUGCCUGUACAUUGUCAUCAACACGCUCGUCUGGGCCAUCGAGAAGGCGUCGGGCGGGAGGCUGGUGCCCCACAACAAGGAGUCCAAGGACCCGUGGACCUGGCGCAUCCCCGGUGGUGUGCUACCCCAGUGGAUGGUGCGCCUGUCGAGGGGCAAGAAGGACUUUUGGCGCGGCGACGGACCGGUGCAGGGCGAGGGCGCAAGCGACGCCGACGAACGUCGCCCGGGGCCCGGUGCUGUGGCGCUGAUCCGGGACGACGCCGACCACCCGAUGGGAGAGAAGCGCGUGUCCACCGGCGACUCGCCCGAGAGGAGGGGUUCGUCGGACGUCGUGGCGACUGCGACGCCGCCGGUGGAGACGGCGGGCGACAAGAAGGUGAUGUGA